UUCUCUAUUGUUAAGGUUAGAGUAAAUUUGAAACCAUGAAACUUCUUCUGUUAAUUGUUUUCUGCGGGCUAGCUUACGGCCAGGAAGAAAAUGGAUGCGCUGCUCCGGGAUACUUUCAAGCUAGAUUGAGAUCGUUUGAUCACGAAAACGAAUUCUUUCGUGAUGGUAAAUUUUCAUAUGAUGCUUAUGAACAAAGGGAGCGAAUGGUAGAAGUUUUUUCAGAAGACGCGACUCGGCCCCAACGCGACGAACUCAUUCUGCACAAAGAGAAAAAACGUUAUGUGGUUGACUUGAAAACUGGUGAAUGCGACGUGACAGCCAUUGAUUAUGAUUUCCAUGCUAUAGAGGUUCACGAACCAGCUCAAUUCAUCGGUUUUUCCACUGUUGGUUCACUUGAUGAACCAGAUAUGGGUAUGAUGCUUGCCUCGUGGCACCACCACCACCACGAAGAAGGAGAGAAACUUGAAGGCAACUGGACUCAAACUUUCACCAGAUACGAAUGCAUCCCUGUUACUGAAGUUUUCUCCGGCGAGACGGUCGAUGAUCAUCAAACAAUUCACUUCCAUAAAACAUACUUCGACGUGACAGUUGGACUAGACAGCCCCGAUGUGUUCGAUGUACCACAGGCAUGCAUUUCUUAAAAAUUGCUGUUGAUAAAGCGCAUACCAUAAUGAUUUUUUUAAUUAUGUCUUUUUAAUUCUUUCUGUUGUUUAGUUAACACUCUUACAUCGAAACCAAUAUUAUAAACUAUUAAAAUGAAAAUGCGCAAGUUAA